UUACAUCGUACAGUAACUCAAUUCUCGGGUCACACACUGUCUGAAUCAAUCUAGCACCGAAGAGUGAGAUCGUAGAACAAACCAACCAACCGAUGGCAAAAACGACGUCGUUGCUUCUCUGUGCACUCUGUCUCUUUGCUACUCUAUCUCUUAUCCAGGCAAAGAAGGCGAAGGAGGAUUUGAAGGAAGUGACUCAAAAGGUUUUCUUUGAUGUUGAGAUUGAUGGAAAAGCUGCAGGUCGGGUUGUAAUUGGACUUUUUGGGAAGGCAGUUCCAAAAACUGUAGAAAACUUCCGAGCUCUUUGCACAGGCGAAAAGGGAGUUGGUAAAAGUGGAAAGCCUCUUCAUUACAAAGGUAGCUCAUUCCAUAGGAUUAUACCUAGCUUUAUGAUCCAAGGAGGUGAUUUUACACACGGUAAUGGUAUGGGUGGAGAAUCAAUUUACGGAGAGAAGUUUGCUGAUGAGAACUUCAAGCUAAAGCAUACCGGACCAGGAUUUUUAUCAAUGGCAAAUGCUGGUCCCGAUACCAAUGGUUCACAAUUUUUCAUUACGACUGUAACAACAAGCUGGUUGGAUGGAAGGCAUGUUGUUUUUGGAAAGGUGCUUUCAGGAAUGGAUGUUGUUUACAAGGUUGAAGCCGAAGGAACUCAAAGCGGAACUCCCAAGACCAAGGUUGUGAUUGCAGAUAGUGGUGAACUACCUCUGUAAAUGCAUCCAUCCUUGUUGACGAUGUUACCGUUUUCAUUUCCAUUCCACCACAGAACUACUUAUCUUUUAUUAGCAUGUAGUGUUAUGUCAACAGUUAGUUCUGUCAUUUCUUGAAGAUGAAAUUUCGCCUUAAUGAUAAUCGAAAAAAUGGCAUUUGCUAACAUGAAAUUUGUAGAAAGAAAUCCAAGUGAACGUGGCAGUCAAUUUAUAGUGUUGAGCUUAAAAAAUAUUGACACCGCCUCAAUUUAUAGUGUGGAUUUAUUGCCA